AUGUCAGGGCCAUAUAAAUCAUAUUCGACAAACAUGGCUCAGCCAACGUUUUAUCCCAAUAAGACACACAGUUACACGCAGCAAUAUAUUCCGCAGCUGUCCCCGUCAUUCGAGCGGCAAGUGAGCUUCACGGGGAACUAUUUUCCCUUCUUGGAUAUUUCUACCCGGAGAUCGGCACACCAGAAUUUCAGCGCCACGCAAACUUCAAGGCAAACUUCUUGCAUCGAAGAUACAAGGCCCUCUGCGUCCCAUCAGACAACACAGAUUCCAGAAUAUCUUCUCCAGCCAAUUUAUCCAUGGAUGAAAUCUAAGAAAGGCGGAAAGGCUGCAUUUGGAUUCGGUAUGCUAACCCCUUUGAUAACCUUCUUUUUUUGGUGCGAACGUUUGUCCGCAAAUGUUUAGCGCGACUCGGCAGCUUAAAGUGUUUUGCUGGUUAAACACUAUCGCAACAGGUUAAUCCCUCUCUUUUUUUUAAUUCGGCUGUGCACGAUUGAGUGACAUUUUGGAGAUUUUAGUUAACCUUGUUGCGACCAUUUGUUAUCGUUGAGAAGUUUUUCUGUCAGAAGGGCGGGGGGUUUGGAGAGUGACUUGUCUACUACUGUGAUUAAUGGAGCAGCCCUCUUUAGCAUUGCAUUUCUUCGGGUAAGAAUAGAUGCAUGUUCAACAAAAGAUCAUGUUUUGUCAUUCAAUCGCAAAGUGCAAUAUUUUUAGUUUGCAAACAUAUUGUUGAUAGUGCGCGGAACCUGGAACGCUGCUAUUGGCGAAAAGGUUGUUUGGAUUUGAAAAGGCCUGCCAAUAAGGCGAGUUCUGUUUAUGCAAAGUCCAUCAUAAGAAUUUAAGCGACCGAAAUGAAAAGACUUCAGACCGCGAAACCAAAGCUUGAACCGUUGCCCAAGUCUGUCAAGAACCGACCCGGAAAAUGAUCACUUCAAAAAAAGUAAGACUUCAGUUUUAAAUCCGCUUCCCGAACUGGGUCCGUUUGUCGGUGUUCGCAGAGAUUUUCCUCUUCUAGGAUAGACAGUUUUAACAAUACCGCAGAUGAUCACGAACAUGUUUUAGUGAAGGGAAAAUAUGAGUCAAAAGGACCUUUGUUCUCUGUUAAUGUCUGAAAUGAUAACUUUUUUACAAUACACAGGGCAGAAACAAGCCAAAAGACAUCGGACAAGCUACACAAACAAACAGCUUUUAGAGCUGGAAAAAGAGUUCCAUUUUAACAAGUACCUGUGCAGUUCUCGAAGGAGCGAGAUUGCGAAGACUCUUAGUCUUUCUGAACGGCAAGUCAAGAUCUGGUUCCAAAACCGCCGGAUGAAAUGGAAAAAGGAUGAGAAACUGAGCGAUUCUUCGGGGAACACUAAAGAACAUUUCAAUGAUGUGCGAGGAACGCACGAAUGCGGUCAUCUUCACAUGGCGUGUUCCCCGCUUUGUCAUUCUCCACCAAUGCACCAAACAGGACACAAGGAAAGCGUCCACUUGUAG